AUGGCAAUCGACGACCAGACUACUAAACUCUCUAUUGUAGAGGCCUCAAUUACAUCCCUGGCAUCUGCACUGUCUCAAGGCCAUAUCAACAGCGUUGAACUGACCGCCAAGCACUUGCUGAGAAUCGCCAAGUAUGAUCGCCGAACCACUCAACUCAAUGCCAUCCCAGUUAUCAAUCUCGAUGUGUUUGAUGCUGCUCAAGCAUCGGAUCAGCGUCGCUCCAUAGGCAAGACGCUGGGUUUGAUGGAUGGAAUUCCCUGCACUAUCAAAGACUCUUACAAGAUCCGAGGUAUGACGGUAGCUGCUGGGUCUCCAGCCUUCAAGGACCUCAUCGCAAAUGAAGAUGCGUUCACUGUUGGGAAACUGAGAGAUGCUGGCGCUGUGUUCUUGGGCCGUACCAACAUGCCCCCUAUGGCUGCAGGCGGUAUGCAGCGAGGUGUUUAUGGUCGUGCUGAGUCGCCCUACAAUGAAGCCUAUCUUACAGCUGCCUUUGCCUCAGGAUCAUCCAACGGAUCCGCCACAGCCACCGCAGCAAGCUUUGGUGUCUUUGGGAUGGGUGAGGAAACCAUUUCGUCUGGCCGCUCACCUGCCUCCAACAAUAGCUUGGUGGCAUACACUCCCUCCAGGGGACUCAUAUCAAUAAGAGGCAAUUGGCCGCUUUUCCCCACCUGCGACACUGUCGUUCCGCACACAAGAACUGUUGAAGACAUGUUUGCGCUUUUGGAUGUCAUUGUUGCAGCGGAUGACAAGACAAGCUGCGACUUUUGGCGUGAGCAACCUUUCGUCAAGCUCCCCGAUGUAGAUUCUGUGCGACCAAAGACGUUCUUUGAUCUCUCUGAUGCCAAUUCUCUCAAGGGCAAAAGGAUCGGUGUCCCAAAAAUGUACAUUGGUGGCGUUGACUCUGAUCCAGAUGCACGAAACGUUUAUACUCGCGAGAGUGUUAUCGACCUGUGGAAAAAGGCUAGGAAGAUACUUGAGGGACUGGGUGCUACUGUUGUUGAGACCGACUUUCCGCUCGUCACCGAAUUUGAGAAACCUGUCAGAGGUGAGAGCAGAUCGGAAACACCGCCUCACCGCAACGAGAUUGACAUGUGCCAAUUGAUGGCCUAUUCUUGGGACGACUUCCUGGCAGCAAACAAAGAUUGCAAUGUGGCAACCAGCCUUGCUCAAGUCGAGUCAUCAACCAUAUUCCCCCAUCCUCUUGGUUGCCUACCAGAUCGAUACGACGCCAAUGAUCCUCUUGUGCGACAUACAGCUGUUGUUGCCCACAUCAGCAAUGGCCGUAUCCCGACUUACGAGGUUCCAAACCUUGGAACCGCACUUCGGAACCUUGAGUUGAAGCGCAAGUCGGCUUUCGAAGACUGGCUUGAUGCUUUGGAGUUAGACAUGGUAGUAUGGCCUUGCAAUGCCGAUGUGGGCAAAGCUGAUGCCGAUGUUAAUGAAGAGUCUGCAAAGCAUGCAUGGCUAAAUGGUGUUUUGUAUUCGAACGGGAACUGCGCAAUUCGUCAGUUUGGUAUACCGACUGUCAGCGUGCCAAUGGGAGUCAUGUCUGAUACAGGAAUGCCCGUCAAUCUCACCUUCGCAUCCAAGGCUUAUGAUGACAAGAACCUGUUUCGAUAUGCCUAUGCGUUUGAAAGGGGAAGUUCUCUUCGUCAGCAGCCAUCGAGAACCCCUCAGCUGGCGACAGAUGUUAUUGUGUGUAGCCAAGAGAGGAAGGACAUCGGCUCAUCACCACCCCACCUAACUAUGGAUGUCACAGCGUCGGUGGGAAAUGGAGAAAGACAAUUUUCAAUUUUCGGUACAGUUGAAGAGGGUGAAUUGUGCGAGUUGCAUGUUUACCUUGAUGGGGAGGAGUUGGAAGACGUCAAGGUUGCCCAGGGGAAAUGGGAGGUACAGGUGAGCACGAAGGAGGCGCAAAGGUCCCGACCAGAAGAACUCGGCGUUCCUGAUUUCAGUAAGUCAAUGGUUUUGGCUUUAGUCAAAGGCAAGCAAGGAAGAUCUACUGCUAGCAUGAUCUUUAUUUAG